UGGGCUCUAAGGUGUCUGGGCUCUAAGGUGCCCAGCAGCCUAGCAGCCUACCUUAGGUACACACUUACCUAGGUAGCCAUCCGACCCCCCCGAUAGCGGACACUGUUGGUGGAAGGACCCCGUCCCGGAGCUGGAGGUCAGACAAAGCGCAGAUCGCUAAGGUACCUAGGUAUCAUAUAAUCCUCAAUUCCGUAACUACCCCAGGUUCAAUCAUAGAAGCAUCGCCUCCCUACGCCAGUCCUAUAACCAACUCGCCGUGACUCUUUAUUUCCAUGUUAUUGAAUCGAUAGGCUCUAUCGUCGGCCUUGCUCUCGCACGACCGCAUUAAGCUGUAACGGGUCCCCGCAUCCCGUCAUCGUCGGCCCAGAUAUACUACAACUCAGUCGACUGUCGCCUGAUCCUCCGCUCUGUAUCAUCCUUCAAUAUUAUGCAAACUGAAUAUAUAUCACAAUGUUGCCCUUCGUAAGGGCACUACCUGCCGCUCGUUGCUGUCUUUGCCAUCUCUCACGCUGUGCCACACGGCCGGUGCCUACUACGACACGUUGCCUAUCCUCUUACAAUACUCGAUUACGACAACAGUACCGCCGUAUCUCAGGCUCCUCUAUAGCUUCACGACGCAACAACGACUUUAAUUCAGGCUUCAGCAGCAGCUAUGACCCAUCAGUCGAUGCAGGGCGUGGCCCCAUGUUCAACAAGACCAAUUUCGGCGUACCGCAGUUCUACCCACGCGAUCUCAAGAAAAGAGUGGACGACUACGUCGUUGGCCAGGACCGGGCUAAGAAGACAAUAUGCGCAACCAUCUUCAACCACUACCAGAAUCUACGGCGAAGACACCAACAUGAGCACGAAGACCGGAACAGGCGGGAUAAGGUAAUGCGCCAGAGGUUUGCGAGAGACAGAGAACUGCAUCAGAAACGUCGUGAGAUGCACCCUGUCGAAGGUCAGCGUGUACAUGGUUCUAUCCCCGAGCGCUACGCUGCUGAUACUCUUAAAGAUGAGUUCCCGGGCCACAAUGAGUCAGUCCGUGCACUCCACGAUAACCACGAAUUCGAUGACGACCCAAUGGACCAUCUCUACGUUGCAGAGGAUAUAACAGCCCCCGACCACGUCAAGAUAGACAAGAGUAACCUCCUUCUGGUUGGUCCCACGGGUGUUGGCAAGACUUACAUACUAGAAACGCUGAGCAAAAAGAUAAACGUACCCUUCUCUAUCUGUGACUGCAACUCCUUCACUCAGGCUGGAUACAUAGGACAGGACGUUGAGACCUGCAUUGAGCGGCUCCUUAUCGAAGCCAACUAUGACAUUAAGGCAACAGAGCACGGUAUUGUUGUCUUAGAUGAAUUCGACAAGAUUGCAAGACGCGAAACGACUACUGGUCGGGAUGUUGGGGGAGAGGGUGUUCAGCAGGCGCUGCUGAAGCUCGUUGAAGGAACAAAAGUCACCCUCAAUGUCAAGGACAACCGCUCAUCCCGAUCUACGCCACCUAUCACGACGAACUAUAGCGCAUCUGGGCCAUCUUCCUCGACUCCGCAGGCGGCUCCUCCAGGCGGCAAGGUUGACCAGUAUACUAUCGACACUACUAACAUCCUCUUUGUGUUCUGCGGCGCCUUUGUCGGGCUAGACAAGGCGGUCCUGAAGAGGGUUGCAAGACCGACGAUAGGGUUCGGCGGAGAGCUUAGAGGGCGUUCCUCUAUGUCUGGCAAUAAGCAAACUCUGCCGGCAGAAAGAUAUACGCAUUUGCCUCACCACAACCCUCAAUCAGCUUCAUCGUUCACGCCGUUAGAUCUUACCACUCCUGCUGAUCUACAAAGCUUCGGUUUUAUUCCCGAGUUGAUAGGGCGUCUGCACAAUAUCUGCGCUCUUAGCCCGCUUUCUGAAGAAGAUCUUUUACGUAUUCUGACUGAACCCAAAAACAGUCUUGUUGCUCAGUAUACCGCUCUUUUCGAGACGUACCCUUCGCGCUUGUUCUUCACAGAAAAAUCAUUAUAUGCUAUCGCGGAGCGAGCUGCUGCUUCAGAAACAGGGGCCCGAGGUCUCAAAAUGGAGAUGGAGCGUGUCCUAGCAGAGCCCAUGUUUGAUGCUCCAAUGCCCUAUGUGCUCAUCACCGAGGCAUGCGUAAAGGGAACGGAGAAGGCAGGAUACUGGGGUAAGGACGGCCGGUUUGAGGUCGACAGAAGAAUGCAGGCAGAAGAGACAGCCAAAAGGGAACCCGAGAACACAUUCGAAAAGUAUCGAGAAGCAGGACAGAGCGGUGGCUAACUUCACUAUUAUUUAUUGGACGAGGCCCUCAAGGAGCAAAAGGUAUCCCAAGUCUAUACUAAAUUUAUCCUAAACUUAUCUUAAACUUAUCCUAAACUUAUCCUAACCUUAUCCUAACCUUAUAUCAAGUUACCCAAGUCUUUUUAUUACUUAUGAUUAAGGUCUUAAGUUUUCUUUCCUCCUUUAGGAGGCUUAUUGGAGCAAUUACUAUUUUGAUUAACUGGAUUUAAUGUCGACAGAAUGGUCAGGCAAAGCUUCGGGUUAUGCCCCCACAGAGAUAGGCAAGCGAACAAAUUCAAUCAAACAGAUGACUCGACUCGGGUUUCGUUGUUGUAGUACAGUAUUUACACCAAGAGGACUUGAUAUCUCUGGAGCGACCGCGAAACCUCCGGUCAUGUCCAUGCGCACCAGAGGCCCUUUACACAUCAAUACGUCUCCGUAGAGUCACUCCAGCUUCUAUCACAAAGGAAACGAUAUUGUGUAUUGAAUUUAGUUACCCUUGGGGGGUGACUGGACCAUACCCUUGCCAGCAUAACCAGGAGAGGUGAUACCAGUGAAAGGAUCGGAUUUUUGGUUCUAAAGGUUCUGGUUAGCCGGGUGACCAGAGGCGAUGUAGACAAGAUGGAACAUACCUUGAGGAACUCGUUGGUCUCCUCCUGGUACUCCUGGGUCAUGGUGUAGGGAGCGGGCUUGGCGAAAGCACGGAUAGUACCGAAGAGAGCGACACUGGCGGCGAGACCAAUGAAGACACCCCAGGCGACGCGGGCACCGGUUCCAGGGGGGUCGACAGCGCGGGGACCGUGAGGACCGAAUGCAAUCCAGUAAGCUAUUGAGAGAGUUUGAGUUAGUUUUAUAGUUAUGACGCAGUUAUACAUGGUGAUGCAGAGAAUGGGCCGUUGAUGUAACGGGCGAAGCUAUAUCGAGGCCCCGUCUACCAAUCAGAAAGACGAAUUGGGUGCUUGGGUUCUACAUGAUGCAAUUGAGGCUCGUAGAGGGUCCAAUGCAAGGCUGAAGCUGUGCAAUUGAGGUGUUGCCGAGUGAAUCAUCAAUGACCGGCAAGGCUGAAGCAUAUAUUGCAAUGUGUUGUGGUGGUUGUGACCCAAUAUCUCGGCUACACGGGCGGGAUGGAGGUAUUUUCGCAGUAGAGGAGAGUUUGUGACGCACCAGCUUUCUUCUCCUGGAGGGUCAGCUCGGUCCAGUUGGACUGCAUGCGAUCACGCAGAGCCAUCCAGAGCUCGGCCUGCUCUUGGAGAGGCAUGCCCUCCCAUCGCUUCUCGAUGUUGGCGAGGGUCGGGUUAGAGAUGGCGUGAGUCGAGGCAGCUCGGUAGGCCAGGGCGGGAGUGCUGCGCACCAGGCUCUUGCGCAGCAGGUUGGAGGCUGAUGUGCGCAGCAUCGUGAACGGUUUAUGUUAGGUAGUCGGCGAUGACGAGACGAGCGGGAGAGAAGCUCAAUUGGUGCGCUCGAGAGCGUGGAGUGCGAGUGCGAGUUCGAGAGGUUUCGUGGAGAAGAAGGCGAGUUAUUCGGGGAAUGUCAGAAUUAGCAAGACGGGAGCAAUCAUACGAUGGGUCCCUCUUGCCUCGGGCUUGGAUUGGUGCAUCUCUUGAUCACGUGAUCUACUCUUUUCCUUGUUGCCGGUUUUGCACGAACUUGAUGAAAUCGCCUUGCCCAUGAUUGGCCAAAGCUUCCAAGACACUGAACCCAAUGGCAUGGAUCAGAUGUCAUGAAUUAAUUGGACUCGAUAUUGACAAGUACCCAAGUAUGUAUGAAAUUUGUCGAGAUGAAACAGGUUCAGGUUUAUCCUGGGUUCCCUCGCAUAUCUUUCCUGCAUCCAAGAGUUAUUACAUUCAAUCUCCCAUGCAAUAUCAACCAGACAAAGUUUCAUGUCACGAUGGGUAUGGUGACUUCACCCGUCAAAGAACAAGGACCAACAGUAAACACCAAGUGUGCUCAGCUGAUUCCGGCAAGGUUCGGAGGUUGAUACCUGCAACGGGCUCUGGAGACGUGAACAUGUCAGAACCUGGCAGGACUCUCUCUAUCACUAGGCCGAUCGAUGAGCACUUCUGGAGUUGUUACUCCUGUUCUUAUUAACCAUCACCUAUUGCUGUUAACUGCAAGUGUGAUUCCUCCUCUAUCUAUACUGGAAUAGAGAUGCUCCUAUAUGCCCGCCUCAGAUCCUAAUGCGACUUUUGCUCGUUUAUCGAUGCGUUCCCACAAGAUCUUACAAUCAUAACAUAACUGUGCAUAUUGUCUAUCCAUC